AUGAGCGAGAACAGAAAGAACGAGGGGGCAAACGAUAAGCCGGCUGCGGCAGCCGCAAACAAACCCACUAGGGCAGUGGUGAAAAAACCCACAGGGGAUGUGGUGGUACAGUUCAGGUUGAAUGCUAAGAACCUGUUCUGUACUUGGCCCCAAACUGCUUUACCGAAGGAGAACGCCUUCAAGCAGUUGAAAACCAUACUAGGAGUUUACGGAAUUAAAUACCUCCUAGUAUGUCAAGAGCGCCACGAAGAAGAAGGACUGCAUCUUCAUGCAGUUGCAAUCCUUGAUAAAAAAGUAAAUUUCAAGGAUUGUAGAUGUCUCGACUUAUCGACAGACUGGAUAAGUCGGGACAUUCAUGGGCAAUAUCAAGCAGCAAGGGCUAUUCGCGACGCAAUAGCCUACUGCAAAAAAAAGGACAACUGGCUGGAAGAAGGAGAAAGCCCUGCGAUACAGGCAAAGAAGAAAGGAAAAGCCCUCAAAGACUUACUACUGGCUAAGACCAUCGAAGAGGCAAUUGAUGAUGGGGAACUAUCCCCAUAUCAUAUAAAGAUGGCAACCAUUCUGAAGCAGACCAUUGCUUUGGAACGGAGUGAAUCCCAACAAAGACAGAAGCCUACUGUCAAUUGGUUCUGGGGACCUACUGGUUCUGGCAAAACCAGGAAGGCAGUUGAGUUAAGUGGAGACUAUUGGAUGUCAAACGAGAACCUUAAGUGGUUUGAUGGCUACAAUGGUCAAAAAGUAGCAAUACUCGACGACCUCAGAGUGGACUCUUGUCCAUGGGGAUUCCUGCUACGGUUACUCGACCGUUACAAACUGCGUGUUCCAGUAAAGGGUGGUUAUGUAGCCUGGACACCAGAUAUUAUAAUUGUAACGGCACCUGCACUUCCAGAGACAAUGUUUGUAAACCAUACAAACGGGGAAGUGUGGGAUAAGAUCGAGCAACUAAAGAGGCGAAUCGAUGUAACCGAAGAAUUCGAAAAGCCUCCAGAGAAGCCAGAAGAGAAAGAAGAGAAACCAACAAAGGAAGAAGCAACUUGGGAUGAAGAAAGUCUUUCUCCACGAAGGAGAAAGAUGGAGCUCGAAGAACUGGAAGACGACGCGUGCUCCUGGAUUGCCGGUCGUAUUGCAAUGAUGAUAGAAGAUGGGGAAAUCCCUCUGAAAGACCCGGAGGAGAAAGAAGAGAAGCAAGAGAAAAUUGAAAAGCCCUCUAUGGCAGAGGCAAAGAAAACAGAAGAGGACAAGUUCAUAGAACCAUUCAAGCUUGCUAAAAAGUCAGAGGACUAA